CGCAGGGCCGGGGGCGGGUGGCGCGGCGCGGAGCGGAGGGUGGGCAGGCAGGCAGGCAGGCAGGCAGCGAUGGCGGCCGCCCUGGGGCUCUCGUCCUCACCGGGUUCCCCCGCCGUGAGCGAGCUGUGCCAGAACAGGCGGGAGAUCUUCCUGGAGGCCUCGCGGCUGCUCCUCACUUACGCUGACAACAUCCUCCGGAAUCCCUAUGAGGAAAAAUACAGAUUAAUUCGGAUUGGGAAUCCAGCAUUCUCCACAAGGCUGUUGCCAGUCAGAGGAGCUGUUGAGUGUUUAUUUGAGAUGGGGUUUCAAGAGGGAGAAACUCACCUGGUUUUCCCUAAGGAAGCUUCAAUUGAGCAGCUACGUAAAAUCAGAGACUUGAUUGCUGGAGAGAGGAGUAGCAGACUGAAUGAGUCAAACCAAAUCCACAGACCAGGAUCCUCUGAAACUGUCAGCAGCACUCAGACAGCUGCACAACGGCCUUCAAGACCUGUUGACUCUGGCUUUGCUCUUGCCCGUCAGCAACCAGAAGCAUCACUUGUGCAAUCUCUUGAAAUGGCUGCAAAUAUCUUGAAAACACUUCAAACAAAAUUUGAGGGGCUUGUAUUGAUGUAUGAGAAUCCUUCUAUUCAGCAGAAAGCACUGGCUGCAAUUCCCCUCCAGGAACUGAAAAGCAAGGCUCAGAAAAAGCUAGCACAAGCUACAAAACUGGACAAAGGUGCACAUGUGAAUGAAGAGGACUUCUUACUGUUGGAGCUUUUGGACUGGUUUAAGACUUCCUUUUUUCAUUGGGUGAAUAGUCUUCCUUGCAGCAGGUGUGGUGGGCAGACAGAGCCUAAAAGUGACUACCUGUUGCCUACUGAUGAUGACCUAAGGUGGGAUGCCAGUCGAGUGGAAAACCAUUACUGCAACCAGUGUCAGCUCUGUAAUAGAUUCCCAAGGUAUAACAACCCUGAAAAACUUCUGGAAACCAGACGUGGACGCUGUGGCGAGUGGGCCAACUGUUUUACACUGUGCUGCAGAGCUGUAGGGUUUGAAGCAAGAUAUGUCUGGGACCAUACAGAUCAUGUGUGGACUGAAGUAUAUUCUUCAUCUCAGAAAAGAUGGCUUCACUGUGAUCCUUGUGAAAAUGUCUGUGAUAAGCCUCUUCUCUAUGAAACUGGCUGGGGAAAGAAGCUCUCCUACAUAAUUGCAUUCUCCAAAGAUGAGGUGGUAGAUGUCACCUGGAGAUACAGCUGUAAACAUGAAGAGGUACUCUCUAGAAGGACAGCACUCAGUGAAGCUACGCUGCGAGAGACAAUUAAUGCACUAAAUAGAACGAGACAAAAGUCUUUGUCAGAAAAUAGAAAAAAAGAGCUCCUGGAAAGGACUAUUGUGGAGCUUGUUGAGUUCAUUUCUCCUAAAACACCUAAACCUGGAGAAUAUGGUGGAAGGACAUCAGGCUCAAUGGCUUGGCGAGUAGCCAGAGGUGAAAUUGGUCCAGAGAAAAGAAAAGAAGUAGUUUUUAUUCCCUCUGAAAAGGAGAAGACAUCUAAACUGUUCCAUCUCGUCUACAAUGUAAUAGAUGACAGUUAUACACGAAUUUCCAAUAACAAUGAAAAAAUAAGUGGCUGGGAAGCAGGUGUUUGGAAGGCAGAAUCUAUUUGGAGAAAGGUUGAAACAGAUUGGAAAAUGGUUUAUUUAGCCCGAAAAGAAGGGUCAUCCUCUGCUUCCAUCAGCUGGAAGUUUGAGUGCAAGUCGGUCGGUCUAAAAAUAGAUAACAUUUCAGUUAGGACAAGCAGUCAAACAUUUCAGAGUGGAAGAAUACAGUGGAGACUUCACUCUCCUACAGCAGAAAUCGCCCUGAUAGGAGAUAAAAAUCUUUGCUCCUAUUCAGAUUUUUCUGGAGCAACGGAAGUUAUGUUGGAAGCAGUUCUAAAUGGAGGGGAUGGUGAAGCUGCGUGGCAACACACACAGCUGUUUAGAGAGAGCUUAACAGGAUGUGGGGAAAAUUGCUUGGAGAUAAUGAUAAAACUCAGUGACCUCUGAGAAUCUGAACUGCAGAAAUGUACUUUGGAGUCCUUGAAGACAUUAUACCAUGGAUACAACAUGAAGAUUUGGUUGGCAAUUCCUCUUCAUCCUGCUGGCAGAUUAUUUCCUGUUUCACUGCUUCCAUUAAACCAACUUGAAACUGCACGUGUAUUGAAUAGGUAAACAUUACAAUGAAAAUGUCUUUGCUAUAAAAACAAACACAAAAUUAAGGGAUUAAACCAUAAAAUACCCUUUUCUUAAACUUUACAAUGAAAAGGAAACAAUUUUUAAGAAGCAAAACAUGGUCAUAGAAGCACAAAGCAAUUGUAAUUGAUUUUAAUUUGGAGUUUUGGGAUUGGCUUGUUGUCUUUUUUGUUUUUUAUAAUCUACUUGGAAAAACAGAUUGAAUUGUGUUUUCCAAUUAUAACAGAUGCUUCUGAUGAUUUUAAAAUACUUUAAAUGAUGUUAGAGGAUUUAGACAUUUCUUUAAAAAUUUGAUUUUGUGUAGUAUCCAGAAUAAGUUAAUUUCAUUAUUGCUUCAAAAUUUCCUUGUUAGAUGUCUAAGUAUUAAACCUGUGUUUAAUACCUAGAACUAUUUGGUGGUUGCUGGGAAAAUAACCUCAUUUUGAAAGAAGUGUUCAUUAUGUCCCUAAAAUUGUCAUAGCCUGUGGUAUGAAAUUGAGGCUGGAAACUGAGUAAGAACAUCAUAUCUUUUUCUAUGAAAAAAAUAGGUUAUCCAUUAUAAAUAUUUUAAUGAUAUUAAUUCAGAUUUGCUUAAUAAAUCUUUUAAAAGUUAGGCAUAUAGGUUGAAAUCCUUUUAAGCUGUUGUCUUGACUUGCUUUAAAUACUCUUCCCAAAUUUGAUGUUAAAGUAUAUAAAUUUUUUUCUGUUCAAUUAAUUCAGUGUUUAAAUUUAUUUUCAGUCAAUAUAAUAAAAAAUUCUAUCCAGGAGACAUCAGAUGUUGCAGUGCUAUGAAUAAAACAUGGAGUGAAUGUUCAGAUUAGAUAGUCUUUGUCAGAAUGUGAGGAAGGCCUUGCCUGGAUUAUACAGGAGAUAUUCUAAUAUAGAACUAAAAUGCAAAGUUCAAACUAUGGUCUUAUUUUUAAAUAAGUGAGAAUUAAGGAUGAUGCUCUCAAGAUCAGUGUUUUUAAAGUUUUUCUUCCUUUUUCUGAUCUUUCCAAUCUCUAUAUUGAUUUGAAGUGUUUGUCAAGAAUAAUUUGUGUUGAAAUAAAUGUUUGCUGACCUUU